GGCAGCCCAGCCCCUCACUCGCUCUUGCUCUUCCUGAGUGGUCGAUCACGGUGCCUGCGGUCCACGCCCCCCUGUCCGUCUCAUCCUCUGCUCUGAGUCUACAGUAGCCUACCUCUUUAUCAAUAACUCGCUGCAGCCCGUCUGUACUUUAUUGCGCGGUGAUUGAAUCCAGCUCAAUUUGUGCGCCGCCGCUUGAAGUAAACCAGCGCUUACACUACGGUCCAGUCUUUCUGACCCACCGGCUCCUUGAAUAACACCUCUCUGCUUGGCUGGAACAUCGUGUCCUUUGUGGAAAAGAUGACUGCAAAGCAUCGAAGGGGGAAAGGCAACCACAAACAUGAAGAUAACUUUUUCAAAAAUGAAGUUACGGAGUCAGAAGUUCGCACAGGAGUGGAUAAUCACGCUCUCCACUUGGUUUUAUUUCUGCUGAUUGUAAUUGGCGGUGCCACUGGCGCAUGGUUCUGUUUCCAGCAGCACCAAACUUUAACCUACUUAACAGACAAUCUCAUGGGCAUGCAGAUGAAAAUAGUCAAACUACAGUCCUCCCACGAAGAAAUGCGACAGUCAAGUAGUGAGCAGCACGUUUCCGAGAGCCUGGAGACCCGCCUGAAUGCCCUGGAGGACUCUUAUGCUUUGGCCCAGAAACAGGUGGGCAUGGCCUUGGCUACAGCUGAACAGCUCAAGACGUCUGACCUGCCUGCUCAGGUGCUGUCUCUCCACACGGAGAUGAAAGCCCGCCUGGCAGAGAUGCAGCAGGCCACGGUGUCUCUGGAGCAGCUGAGCCAGCUGCAGACCAUGCUGAAGGGGAAGAGUGAGGAGUUUGAGGGUGUCAGGAUUCACGUGGAGGACCUGGCCACACUGAGCGCUGAGCUUUCCCAGAAGGUUGAGGUCUUGACAGGGAGCGUGGGAGAAGUGGAAUCAAAGCUGGAGGACCGAGUUGGACAGGUUGCCACGCUGAGUGCCACCCUGGACGGACAGGCCGCCGAGGUGCUCCGACUGAAGGAGCAGCUGGACACCUACCAGGCUCAGCUUGAGGCCAGCACACUGGAGAUGGCUACCGUCAGAGGGCUGCUUGAGAGUGAACAGUCCCAGCGGCUCCAGCAGGCCAGUGUGGAGGAGCAGCUCAAUACGCCAGUGGGACAGACAGAGAAAGAGACAGCUUCCGCAGCCGAAGAAGAGGAAGCCCCUGCAGCUGAGGAAAAGGAAGCCCCUGCAGCUGAGGAAGAGGAAGCCCCUGCAGCUGAAGAAGAAGCUGCAGCAGCAGCAGCAGACGAAGAGGAAGUUCCUGCAGCAGAAGAACAAGAAGAAGAAGCUGAAGCUCCUGCAGCCGAAGAAGAGGAAGCUCCUGCAGCCGAAGACGAGGAAGCUGCAGCAGGGGAAGAAGAGGAAGCCCCUGCAGCUGAAGAAGAGGCAGCUACAACAGCUAAAGAAGAGGCAGCUCCUGCAGAUGUAGAACAAGAGGCAUCCAACCCAGAAGAAGAGGCAGAGGCAGAUGAAGGAGCAGAGGCCAGUGAAGGAGAGGCAGCUGCGGAGGAUGAAGCUGGUGUGGAGCAGGAGGACUCUGUGACAGAGGAAGGGGAGGCAGGAGAGGAGGACCAGACAGAGCAGGAUGAGUCUGUUGCUUUAUCAGAAAAGACAGCAGAGGGGGAACAAAGUGAAGAAGAGCCUGAAGAGGAGAACCAGGAAGCACAUGAAGAGGAGAGUCACAAAGCAGAGGAAGAGGAAGAAGAAGAGGAGGAGGAGGAGGAGGCAGUGUCUGAAGGAGAGAAUGGACUGGGAGGGGAGGAAGUGUCAGAAGAGGAACAGCAGCAGCAGGAUAUAGCAGCUGAAGAGGAGGCUGAUGAAGAAGGAGAGGAGCCAUUAGAAAAUGAUGCUUUACCAGAGGAUGAAUGUAAGUAA